AUGCCUCAAAAGAAACCACAAACUGAUGUUACAGACGAAAAUGAAAUCUAUGAUCGACUCCAUAAGAAAAUCAAUGAGCUAGGUUCUGAUCCAUCCUUGUGCGAGGGUAAGAUUCGAGAACUGCACAGAACAAUCCUUACUGUGAAGAACAACGGGAAAAAAGAACAAUUACUAACGGAACUUAAGGCGUCUUCCUUUAAAGGAUUAAGCCUCGAGUUAAGCAAAUUGGUGAAAGAAGACGGCUUGACUAUGGAAAGUCUUCAUCUUGUUUUAAAGUAUCUGACAAAGAAAAAUGAACUUGCGGAGUACCUGUUCGUAACCUCAACAGAAAUCAUCGAACAAGACGGACUUGAUCCCGUAAGAAGAAGAUUGGGUCCCAAACUUGAAGUUCUAGGUGGGUUGCUUUCCAAAGGAAUAGAUGUCAACAAAGAAUGGGUGCAAAAUUUGCUUAAAAAUGCUCCAUCUCAAAAAACUCUUGCACGAAUUUCCGUCACGGACUUGGAAAAAUAUUGUGAAAAAGCAACUCCUCGCGAAAUGGAGGACGUUAGUCAAAUUGUGCGAGUAGCUGAAUCGCAGUCGAUAGAGAAGCCAUCUGAUGACCAAACGCAGGUAUCCAUUGAACAAAAUACGAGUAACAAAGCUGUUGAUAAAGAAAAGUUGGAGCAAGCCAAAAGUCUAAUGAAUGAAGCAAAGAAAAUAGCGAAAGAAGAGUCUGAAGCAGCGAAGAAAGCAGUAAACGAAAAAAUGAGUGAAAUUUCAAAACUUCUUGAACUCCCGCCAGAUUGGAAUAAGCAAGAAACCGGGAAAACCCCAGAGAAAUUGUUGGAAGAACUAAAUGGGAUAAUUAAUUUAUUCAAUAAUGCUGUAGAACCCAACGAGCCUUACAACAGUGAUCAUGAAGUUGUACAAAAGGCAAGUGGUGGUCGUGCGUUGUGUGGAAUAUUCUUUUCGAAGUACCGGGCUUCUUCGACCGCUGAAAGACCACUUAUCAUCAUGCCAUCGAAAGUGAUGCUGUCGAGCCCCAACAAUUCGCACCAAAUUCGCUACCUAAAGUUUUCCGCUAGUAGAGCUGCAGCAAAUUACGUCCAAACAGUCAAGUCAUCCAGCACAAAUGUUGGAUUUAGCGUCGGUGGAUUUUACGAACUGUUUGUCGGUGACGUUCAUGGAAGCUACGGGAGUAGUCACGAAACAAACAGUGCAAAAUUGGAGAAGGAAACAACAAGCCAAGCUUCAGUUGUCCAGUACAUUUGGACUGCAACCAAAACAUUCAAGAUCGAGCAGGAACAGUUUAUCUUAUCAGCAAGCGCAAGAAAACACGCAAAAAUGUUGGCAAAAGUCAUCCAAGACGAAGAAGAAAAGCAAGUCGAAAAAGAAAGCGACGAAGAAAAAAAGCAAGCCGAAAAAGAAAACGACGAAGAAGAAAAGCAAGCCGAAAGGCUGAGAAGCACAGACCUCGCCAAAAAAUUCUUAGAUCGUUAUGGAAGUCAUAUGCCGGCAGGACUCCACACACUUGGCGGAGUUCUUUUCCGCAUUGUUGACGCACAAAGCGAAGGUAAAUCAAGUGCGUACCAGCUUACAGAAAAAGCGGCACAACAACUGCAGGGUCAAUUGUCAUUUGGAUUCCUUGGUGGUGCAUUCGGUAUCGGUAUGAGUGUAAGUGGGGAACAUAGCAGCAGCGAAGGGAAAAAAACUGCUCAAGAAGAAAAGGAGGAGAAAACCUCGUAUACCUUUACCUCGCAAGCAAUGGGUCCAGCUGCAACAGAUCCAGCUACGUUUAGUAAGCUGCUGGGUAACAAUUCGACUUGGGCCUUGAUCGACCGCGGUAGUCCUUCUACCUACAUUCCAGUUUGGGAGAUGAUAAAUGACCUCGGGUCAGAAUUUGAAAAAGCAGCUCAAGUUCUUCAAAACGCGUGGAAUAACAAAGAGAUGAAAUUGAAGAAGCAAAGCAGAAGGCUUGGGAAAGAAUUGACAAAGAUUGUCGUAGAUGAUUUGGUGUCGUUUAAGAAUGAAUCUUUAAAGCAGGUUUGUUAUUUCAGUUUUUAAUUGUUCAGCAUUCAUAAUAGCCUACAUGUUUUUCUUUAAUUGAAAGUAAUUCUCAAGGCCUAAUCGUGUCACGUUUCAGCGAGACAAUUUCUCAACAAUUUCUCAUUUGGACAAAGCAAGAGCAUUUUCUACAUUUCAGGAACUUGUGACACCAUGUAAUAAAGAAUGACAAUGGGUGAUAUUUGAAAUCGAAAAUGAACACCGGAUUGGAGUCCGAGCAGUCUCUUCCAGUCUGAGGCAAAGCCGAAUACUGGAACUAACUAUGCUGAUUUGAAAUCACGUUCUGUUCGAAUAUAGGUUUAAAAUGCCAUCAAAUAACUAGUUGUCAAAAAGUUAUGUUAAACAUCUUUUAUAAUGUUUUUAAGAAAAGUACCUUGGCAAGGAUUUGCACUCGCGACAUGAAAAUAAAAGUAGCGCGCCGUGCAUGCCACUACGUUUCUGGCAAAAUCAUUCAAACUUCGUAAGGAUGCAAUAGAAAAACGGUGUUUGCCAACUGCUUCAACUGCUAGACCCCAAUUGAUAAUAACAAUGAGGAUGGAGUAAAAAGAUGGAUAUUACCGGGGUGAAGGGGUUGCAUUAAUUUAAUUCCAGUUUUAUGAUCAGUAGAUUUAUAACAUGCGAUUUAUAACAUUAUAACAGAGGGACCCCUGUCCCUGUGUUAUAAUAUAGACCUUUAUUUCUUUCCCAAUUAUGUAGCACAGUGCAACACUUCGAGCUGCAAGCAGUCAUUUCCUUUCAAUAAAUGUAUAAUGUCCAGGGUUUGGCCCGGAGGUGCAGGAAUUGACUGUUCUAAUAGUUAUCACAAUGGUCUACUUUUUUCACAUAAAGAAAGUUUUCUCAAGAAGUAAUCGCUCAAACUACUCUAAAAAACAAAUUGACACCAGUACAUUUGCAACUCAUUUAAAAUGCAUGAUUCGUUGCGGUUUCCAACAUGUACUGUACUUAUAAGAUUGUGCGAGAAGCAAAAUCAUUUAAAUGAUUGCGAAGUUAUCUCUGAGUGUGUCCACAUUGGGUAACCUGGAAAGAUUGCUAUCAGACCACGAUGAAACACAAACCUGCGACAUUUGGUUUGCUAGUUCAAUGCUCUACUAACUGAGCUAUGAGGUCAAGUCGGUUCCAGUGGGUGAUAUUUCAGAACACAGUCUAGUUCCUUCGAUAUCGGUAUGUUUUUUUUAGAUCGAAGGAACUACACUGAGUUCCGAAAUAUCAGCCACUCUAGGCGACUUGACGUCGUAGCUCUGUAAAGGUCCCGGGUUCAAUUCCCACUGCGUUCAAGAAAACGUUCCAGCUUGAUCCGGUGUGACGCGAAAUUCCUGACUUGCGAAAUAUCUGACUAUUGUAGAACUGCGCAUCCGCAGACGAUGCGCAUGAAUGACUUUGGCUCAUAAAUUUCGCAACUGAACAGACAACACGUGUAUUUAUAAAGCCAUUUUAUUUAUACAUAAAUUUUCCAACAUUAAUUCUACAAUUGAUCAACUGAAUUGACACUAUACCACUGAUUGUGAACGUUAUAAUAAACCUUGAAUCGUAGAUAUGGAAAUAUCACUCGAAAAGCGAUCUUAGUGAUAUAAAAUAGACUCCAGUUUCAAAGGUUAUGCCGUAUAUGCACUAUAAGCACUAAAAAUCGUUUCGCGUUUGACCUUCUCGCUAUCAGUUAGUAAGCAGCAACGAUGAGUUCGAAGUUCAUGAGUUGGACGUUUAGAUUUGGCGAUGUCUAUGCUAGAAACAUUUGAUAAUAUCGCAUAUGGACUUAAAAAUCGUUUCGACCGACCGUAUUUAGCAAACGUCGUGUAUUUCGCGGUCACGACCACACAAUUCGCUUUGAAAUUUAAAGUGUUUGUGAUUGAAACUUAGCGAUGUCGAUUUGAAAUAUUUAACGAAGUAUUAGAAAUUAACAUCAUGAUUAUUUUAUCUAAACUCUAAAAAACAGUUUUGGCCGACUUAGAAUUUAGCAAGCCUCAUGUAUUUCGCGCCUGUACGCGCGAAAUUUCUGACCCGUCACGCUAGGUCAGGUAUUUAGCAGAGGUCAGGAAUUUCGCUUGACACCGGUGCGAGACAACAUCACAAACAUGUAUCUUUACCUGAGUGCAUACCAUUAGAAACCAAAAAAUGAUUUAAAUGAAUUGUUUACAAUUGUUUAUAAUUGUAUAUCUUACGUGGAACAGUGGCGUAAGGGGGCAAUGGCCAAAAUUUGCCCGGGGGGCAAUAGCUAAAAAACUGCCGUUGUGAAAAGCUGAAAUCCGCUCAGAAAUUGGCAGUUGGGAGUACGAUGUGCAUGUGAAUAUAAUGAUACCCAUCUCUUCUGUUUACCAAUAAAUGUUGUAGUAUUUCCUGUAGUCGCGACCAUCGUCAAAGUUUCAAUAUGGCAGCCAAGUGAGCUUCAUUCUUUUUAUUACAAUAUGAUUUGCACUUCAAAAACGAAGACAUCGUGCUAUUUUGCUGUGGUAUUUGUGUCUACAGAACAAUGUUUUACAAAAAUAUUUUUCGAUCUUAGGCGAUUAAAAAUCGCUUUUUGUAACGUUUCUUCAAAUCUCGUCCUAAAAUACGUGAAAUAUAGCUAGUGUGCUAAUGAAUGUAGAAAUUCGAAAAUAUCCCGGAGGAGCAUGCCCCGGACCUCCCUACAUUCCUAACGCCUUUCGCGCUCGCAUAUUGAUUGUCGCAGUUUUGAAACUCAGUUUAUUUCAAAAUGAUAUUGGACAAACACGUCACAUUGAUUAUGAACACUAUCUAUGCAUUUCUUAUUGUCAAAACUGAAUUGAGUUUUUGUACUUUUGCUGAUUUCAGAAACCUGACGAAAUAGGUUAUGGUUUCUUGCCAAACAACGGUGCCCAGUUGGUCUUUAACCGCACCAUUUCAACGAUUAAUCUAACUCCUGAAACAGCUUAUAAGAUAGCAGGAGACAAGAUAAUUGAAGACCCACGUCAUCGUGUAUGUGCUGUUUCCCUUUGUCCAGAUGGUAAGUACAUGGUGAGAUGUUGGGAGGCCUCGGACGCCGCUGAAAUGACAUUUGAAUCUGCUGAAGGCAAACACCAGUUACUUUACAGCCAAAUUAUAUUUAAGUGGAAAGACAAUGUUCCUCAAAAGUAG